AUGUCGCAGGGUGGCGCAGCCUCGACUCCCGCUGCACAGCCGCAGGCGCAAGACGAGGCGGUUCUAGGCGAGGUGUUGGUUCAGCAGCGCACGCUGAGGCAGGGGCCGGUGGAGGAGGACCCCGACCUGGCGCUGGCAAAGCUGCUGCAAGCCCAGGAGCAGGCGUGGCUGGCAAUGGCGGGCCAGGGCAGCGGCAUCCUGGAGAACCUGCCGCCGGCGGCGGGCGGCGGCGAGGCGGGCGCGGGGCCACACGAGGGCGGCGGCGGCGAGGAGGGGGGCGAGGUCGAGGAGCUGACGGAUGAGGAGAUGGCGCGGAGGCUGCAGGAGCAGGAGGAACGGGAGUUCCAGCAGCGGCUGCUGGAGCUGGCGGGGAUGGGGCAGCCGGGGGCGGCGCCUGGAGGCGGCGGCGGCAUCGAGGCGCCCGGCGGCGACGAGUAUCUGCCUGAGGACGAUGUGGACCCAGAUGAGAUGACGUAUGAGGAGCUGUCUGCUCUGGGCGAGGCGGUGGGCACCGUCAGCAAGGGCAUCUCGCAGGCGCAGAUCGACACGCUGCCGCAGCAGGCAUACUAUGAAGUGGCGGGGACGACGGCUGGGGUGGAGUAUGAGCCGGAGGACAAUGUCAAGGUGCUGCCGGUGUGCCGCCACUACUACCACCCAGACUGCAUCGCAGAGUGGCUGAAGCGCAACAAGGUGUGCUGCAUCUGUGCCAAGGAGGUGAUCGAGGAGGGGAAGAAGACGGAGGCCGCCGGCAGCGGCGGCGCUGCCAGCGACGGCGUGCUGGGGGAGCGACGGCAGCAGUAG